UGGCUGCUCCGGCCGGGCGCUGCGCGGUGGUGAGCGGAGAAUAUGGCGGGCGGUGCGGGCUCGUUAGCGGCGCUGUGGACCGAAGUGAACCGCUGUGGACAAAGCGGGGACUUCUCCAGAGCCCUGAAGGCCGUGAACAAAAUUCUUCAUGAGAAUAAGGAAGAUGUGACGGCGCUGCACUGCAAAGUCGUUUGCCUUAUUCAGAACGGCGGAUUUAAGGAGGCGCUGAAUGUUAUGAACACACACACCAAGUCACUCUCAAGUGAUUUGAUCGGUUUUGAGAAGGCCUACUGUGAGUACCGGCUCAACAGAGUGGAGAACGCGCUGAAGACCAUUGAGGGAAUCUCCGAACAGACGGACAAACUCAAAGAACUCUACGGUCAAGUGCUGUACAGGCUGGAGCGUUAUGACGAGUGUGAAGCUGUGUAUAAAGAUCUGAUCAGAAACUCACAGGACGAGUAUGAGGAGGAGAGGAAGACCAACCUGGCUGCAGUGCAGGCUGCACAGAGCACCUGGGAGAACACUACACCUGAGGACCUCGGCCUGCCCGAGAGCACGUACGAGCUCUGCUACAACUCCGCCUGCAGCCUGAUUGGCCGAGGCCAGCUCAGCGCGGCCAUGAAGAAGCUCCAGGAAGCUGAAGAGCUCUGUAGGAUGUCUCUGGCAGAAGACACUGACGUGACGGAGGAGGAUAUCGAUGCUGAACUGGCAGUGAUUCACUCUCAGAUGGCUUAUAUCAUGCAGCUACAGGGCAGAACUGAGGACGCGCUGCAGCUUUACAAUCAAGUCAUCAAACUGAAGCCGUCUGAUGUGGGUCUGUUAGCUGUAACAGCUAAUAACAUCAUCACCAUCAACAAGGACCAGAACGUGUUCGACUCGAAGAAGAAGGUGAAGCUGAUGAACGCUGAGGGGGUGGAGUACAAACUGGCCAAGAAACAGCUGCAGGCCAUCGAGUUCAACAAAGCGCUGCUGGCCAUGUAUACUAACCAGGCGGAUCAGUGUAGGAAGUUGUCGUCGGCUCUGCAGUCGCAGAACCCCGGCCACCCGCGACCCAUCCUCAUCAAAGUGGCCCAGCUCUGCCGAGAGAAGCAGCACAACAAAGCUAUAGAGCUGCUGCAGCGUUUCUCAGAAGAGUAUCCAGAAAGUGCAUCUGGAAUCAAACUGACAAUGGCACAACUUUAUCUGACUCAAGGUCAUGUGACUAAAGCCUGUGACAUUCUGAGGUCGAUAGAAGACUUUAAGCACAAGCAGGGGAUGGUUUCUGCCUUGGUGACGAUGUACACACACGAGGAGGAUAUUGAUAGUGCUAUUGAUGUGUUCAGCCAAUCGAUCCAGUAUUACCAGUCUGAACAGCCUGGUUCUCCGGCCCACCUGUCUCUGGUUCGGGAGGCUGCAGACUUUAAGCUUCGCUACGGGAGGAAGAAGGAGGCCAUCAGUGACCUGGAGCAGCUGUGGAAGCAGAACACUAAAGACGUUCACACACUCGCUCAGCUCAUCUCUGCUUACUCGCUCGUCGACCAGGACAAGGCCAAGGCGCUGAGUAAGCACCUCCCCUCGCCCGACACCAUGUCCUUCAAUAUAGACGUAGAUGAGCUGGAGAACUCGCACGGCGCCACCUACGUCAGGAAGAAGGCUGGCAAAGUGGUGGGAGAGACUGUGCCUAAGGAGCAGGGCCAAGAGGACGUUAAAAAGAAGAAGAAAAAGAAGAAGGGUAAACUACCCAAGAACUACGACCCCAAAUCGACCCCCGACCCCGAGCGCUGGCUGCCCAUGCGGGAGCGAUCGUACUACCGGGGCAGAAAGAAGGGCAAGAAGAAGGAGCAGGUGGGCCGAGGAACCCAGGGAGCGACCUCAGGAGCCACCGCAGAGCUAGACGCCAGCAAGACGGCCAGCAGCCCCCCCACCUCCCCGCGGCCGGGCUCCGGCACAGGCUCCGCCUCCAACGUGGUCCCACCCAGGCAACAGAAGCCGGCAGCUUCCGGGGCUACGCGCAAAAAAGCCCCGCCCAAGAAGAAGAAGAGCGGGAAAAGUGGAUGGUAGAGGGGCGGAGGAGAGGUGGAGUUCCAGAGCCGUUCCCAAACCCCUUCCUUACUCGCCCUCCGGAGAUCCGAGCAGAUCUGGGUGAACGGAUCCAGAAUGGCUGAAGAACAUCGACCCGCCCAGCCAAUCACGUCCAGCUAUUCAGAAUAUGCAAGGGGAGAUCCGGGACAGGGAACUGGGAAUGGAUUUGGAAUGGACCGACACAAAACCAAGAGACUGGUGUAGAAUAAACAGUAAAGCGACCCAGGGAGAGAGAGAUAUUCUGUUUGUUUGUUAAAGUCAUUUUUAACCAUCAAAUACAUUGUACACAGUCAUGACUGUUACAUAUAAUUACUGUUAAUUAUUUAAAAUUCCUGUUUUUUCCUCUAAUUCAGAAUGAAACAGUCAGGUGAGUGUGCACACAGACAUCAGGAUGCUCAAGAUAUUCAGAUACUCGAGAUAUUCAGUUCUUUUGUUGGUUUGUUUGCGUAAAUACAUGCAAAUACCUUCCUGUUGUGCAGGGAACACAGUUUUAUUGUCUUUAUUGUUUCAUGAUCUCCCUCAUUCCUCCCGUAAUCUCGACACAAGUUCAUUUAUGUUGUUCAUUUUAAUUUGCUGGUGAAGUUCGACAGAAAACCGCUACCGUAUCUCAACCAAAAACGAAAACCUGAGGCUGUUUAUGCAAAAUUCAAAUUAUUUAUUUUUUAAACUCCUGGAUCAAGCUCACUUAUUAUAAUUAUGAUUUUCAAAUAAUGCUCCUCCUUCAGCUGUUUCCCAUUGUAGGGGAUGCUGGAAGUGGAAUUACUGAAAUCUAGCCCUGAUGUAAAGUCUUAAUAAACAGAUUUUCCUUGUGA